UGAAGUGAUCUUCAUCCUUCACCUCCCAUCUUUCGUUGCAAGAACAGCGGGUGUCCCUUCGCUCUUUUGUAUCUAUAGGGAGGAGAAACGGUAUAAUGGGGCUGACGAUAUCUCGAUUCAUGAAGAUGUUUUUCUCGAAGAAAGAAAUGAGGAUUCUAAUGGUAGGUCUCGAUGCUGCCGGGAAAACUACCAUAUUGUACAAGUUGAAGCUCGGUGAAAUCGUCACUACCAUUCCGACUAUCGGAUUCAAUGUGGAAACAGUAGAGUACAAGAAUGUGAGCUUCACUGUGUGGGAUGUAGGAGGACAAGACAAGAUUCGACCUCUAUGGAGGCACUACUUUCAGAACACGCAAGGGCUGAUCUUCGUGGUGGACAGCAAUGACCGAGAUAGGAUUGCCGAAGCCCGGGAUGAGCUCCAUCGCAUGUUGAGUGAGGAUGAACUGCGUGAUGCAACUCUGCUUGUGUUUGCCAAUAAGCAAGACCUCCCCAAUGCAAUGACUGUUUCUGAGAUCACCGACAAGCUCGGCCUCCACUCACUUCGUCAACGCCGCUGGUACAUACAAGCUACUUGUGCCACUUCUGGUCAAGGACUGUAUGAAGGUUUGGAUUGGCUAUCAAGCAACAUUUCUUCCAAGGUAACAUCAACCACCCCAUUAUGACUAACAGCUGGGUGAUCAUAAAUCCCUAUUUCCCCCACCUUUCCACGGUGAGAGUUGCCAUUUCUUUUCUUUCCUAUGGCCUAAGGAGUGUUAUCUUUUUGAUAAAUGAAAGGGGUCGGGGGUGGGGUGAGUGGUGUAGCAAUAUCCCAAUUGGAUGUAACCAUGUUAGCCAAAACUCUACUGAGAAAUGUCCAAUUUGAACCGUAAUUACAUUAGGAUCCAAAAGUUUAGGCUUGUCACUGCUACUCCAAUGAGAUUUUAUUGAAAUAUCACCCAUCUUUGACCCCAAUAUGGCCUUAGGAGUUGCCUUUUUACAAUAGCAAAUAGUAUGAAACAAUUCUAGACAGUAGUUGGCUUGUCACCAUUACUAGGUUUCCUGGAAAAUGGGGCUUUUGCCAAUAGGGACAACUUUGUUUGAUUGCCAAGCCUUGGCUUUUUUGCUCUCCAAUUGAUUUGAUGAGACAAGAGGAUUGCAUGUUUUGAAUGUGAGUUGCUUUCACAGGCAGAGUAUGUCUGCAAAAUUUUCACCCAUCUUAUGACUUUGCUCCAUAAUUCACCCACAACAAAACAAACCAGUACCAAAAGGCUUUUUCUCUGUAGAUCUGGAGAGCACGUGGCAUCCUCAAUUUAUUGAUUGAGACAAUCCCGCUCGGGUGUCGGCUUGCAUGGGCUUGUAGAUACUUUUAGCGUAUCUCGAUUUGCUAUUGAUAAAAUUCAUCCACAUGAUCUAUAAUUUGUCAACUACAUUAUAUCUCAUGGUUAGUAACUUAAGUUUUUCUUUGGACAAUUCAUGUCCAAGAACUUAUGAGGAAUUCAAGCCCAAAAGAGGGAGGAAAAAAAAAAAAAGGUAAUAAGAGGUCCCAACAGCUGCUUUAACAUGUUUGUACAAUUCACCCUCUUUGUUUUCUUACCUCCCAUGUCGAUCCAUCUGAGUGGCAGUUUUCCUGUACCCUUGAAAGUGUCCAAUCUCUCGGAGAUAUCUAUAUUAAAAUGUUGUAGCUCAUUAGGAAUCGAGUUACAGGGUAUCUUAUGAUUUUGUGGGUCUUAUCAAGUGACCUACAAUCAUGUCAGUCUAAUAUCAUCAGAAUUUAUAUGUCAUGGCCCUGAACUCCAAUGAUCCAAUAACUAUCUAAUUGAUAUGUCUAUCGUGUCAAUAUUCAAAACGCCAAAUCAGUUAUGUAUUAUCAUAACUAGACGAAAGGUACGUCUACACAUGCGAUAAGAUACUUAGUUAUAGUUAGUUUAGUUCUUAUUAAUUUUGUUUAAAGUUUCUCUAAUUUUCUCAUGAGGCCAACGGUUUUUGAAAGAGCUGAAUAUUCAUUUUGGCGCUUUCACAGCAAUGAGAGAUCCUUGGAGCUCAUAUAUGAGCUCUCAAGUUUUGUAAUAGAAACGAGCCUAUGAAGACUUGAGCUCAUAUAUAAUCUAAAAAUUUAAACUAAUAGGUUGCCAGACUCAAAUUUUAUAUAAACUUGUGGAAUGUCUCCUAUAUUUCCGAUGUGGGAUAAGUUCAGAUUGUCCCUACUUCCAACACCCAUUAACCACACCAUGAUGUGAAAUAUUUGUCCCACAUAGAAAAAUUCAAAAGAAAACCACAAGUUUAUAAGAGAUUGGCCCAAUUGUUUAUAAACUUGGUCAAAAAUUUACAGCUCUCAUAAGUAUAUAGUAAUUUGGUAUAAUAGCUGGCUGCAAUCACUGCUGCAUGCCUUUCCCUCACAUUCUCUGCUUUUGGAAUUGGGCAAAAUUAUUUCUUUGGGUUGUAGCGAUCAUUACUAAUUGUUUUAGUUAUUUUUGUUGUGUUAGAUGAAACUAAUUUAUGACUGAACAAUCACUCAGAUACUGAAUUCGUCCACUUCUCCUUUAUUGUUCUUGAUUGGUAGAAAUCCUCAGAUCAUAGUUGUGGUCCUAGCUUUUCUCGCACCAUUCAAAUGGACAGCUUGUAUCAUUUUAUUAGAGGAUAAUCUAGGAUGUCUUUCACCGGACCAAUUGAUCUGUAAUCAAAGGCAGGCAUCUCGACAACACCUACCUCGUAUCUUUUGCAUACAGUAUGUACUUCUCUCAUGUUGUAACCAUUUUCUAAAAGAGAAUCAGAAGAGGUUCAUCCGUUCAAAA